ACCAAUGGGGCUAUCAUAGUGUAUCUCUCUCAGUUAAGAAACAUGAUCAGGAAACUAAUGAAUGGAAUCAGAUUGGAGAAACCAAAAAUUUAAAUAUAUUAAAGGAUGUCGAUUCCAAAUAUUUUAUAGAUUUUAAACUGCUUAAAAAUGAAGAUUUGAUUAUUUUUACAGCAAAUGGCAUUUAUAUUUGGACAGCAAAUUCUGAAGAAAAGAUCAGUUUAUUAUAUUAUUGGCGUAAUCAUAAAAUCUCAGAAAGUUCUAAAUCAACACAUGAGGCCAUUAUUAGACUACUUGAUUUUCUUAGAGAUGAAUUUGAAUCGUCCAGAG